GGCUGGCGGACAUUUCGCAACCUCUGGCUCCCGCCUCUCCGGAGAAAGGACGACGGCGGCGGCGGCGAGCCGAGUCGGGACUGGUGGGGCCCGCGCCUUCCUCCCGGGCCAGAUUCCGCGUGGCAGCCUGUGGACAGCCGCUCCAGAAAUACCGUGACGUCCCAGACUAUAUCUUUUCUUAUAACUCACACUGGGUCUACAGGAGAGCUUGUCCAAAUGAGCAAGACAUCACAACAGAACACAGCUGCAGAAACCAAUGGAGUAAGUGUCAUCUAUACCCCAGCGCACACCAGUGGGUUGCAACAAGUCCCUCAGCUGGUGCCCGUUAGUCCUGGCGGUGGGGGCAAAGCUACACCUCCAAGCAAGCAGGGCAAAAAGAAUUCCCUUGUCGAUAGAAACAGUGAUGAAUACCGCCAGCGCAGGGAACGUAAUAACAUGGCGGUGAAAAAGAGCCGCUUGAAAAGUAAGCAGAAAGCCCAGGACACCCUCCAGAGGGUCAACCAGCUGAAAGAAGAAAAUGAACGCUUGGAGGCCAAAAUCAAGCUCCUGACAAAGGAGCUGAGCGUACUGAAGGAUUUGUUUCUUGAGCACGCUCACAACUUCACAGACAGUGCGCAGCCUCUGGGCACAGAAAACUCUGCAGCACAUUCAGAUGCAUCCGGACAAUAAACUGUGUGGACUUCCCUUGACCAGGUGGAUUAUAGAAUGGAGACAAAUCUGCUCUAAACUUUGUAUCAUCUCUGGUUUUUAACAUCAUUUUUCAGUAGACUUAUCCCUCUGUUUGAUGCCAGGAAAUUGAAUGUUUAUGUUAAGUAUUUAAAUUAAGUGUUAAUGUAUUUUCUUGUCAGGUUUUUUUUUCUUUUUGAUAAAUGAAAGGAGUAGGGAAACAACCUCAAAUUAUUGUCACUAAAUUAGGGCUGCAUCGUUUAUUAAAUCUUAUUUAAAUCUUUUCUGGGCAUGAUGACUAGGCAAUACUUUUUUCAAAAGAUAAAUUGUUUUUAAGGUAAGAAUUUACAGACAUUCUUCUCGGUCUCCAGUUUAUCUCGCCCAGGAAGAGGUGCCUGUUUCAAAGUGAUUUCUGCAAGGCAAAUGUGUAAGUGUGAACGAUCCCCAGAUAUUCAUGUGCAAAUUUACAUGCUUCACCAAAUUAUCUUUAUGAAAUGGUUGAAAGCCUUAAAUUAGUUGUUCGGUUGACAGCUUUUCUUCAGCAGGGUAGCAAUUAAAUGUCCAUAUACUGAUAAUCAGCUGAAGAGUUGAUUAAACAAGCUUUAAAAUUUUUCCUUUUCCACUUAUUUUGGUAGUGCAUGACUUAUUUUGUAAUAUAGGUUGGGAUUUUCAAAUAUGUAGUUCAAAUACUUGCUGUGUAAAACUUCUGUAGUUGAGGUUUGCUCAGUAGCGGUGCCUAACAAAUUGUUUAGUUAAGGGAAAGGUUGGCUAACACCACAAGGGUUGUGGGCUUCUCCAAGCCCCGCGGUCUGUUACCUGUGGUCUGAAAAUGGGCCUGCCCUAGGUGGGAGCAUCUCCCACCUUCAUCUCCGUAGCCAAGUGGAAUUGGGCAACUACAAUGACUAUCUGCAGUGUCUGCACAGGAAUUUUGUUUCUUUUUUUGAGGGGGGGGCAGGAUGCUGCUGCUGCUGCUGCUUUUCCCAGCACCCCUAAAUGAGUUGCCUAGAGAGUGGAUGGAAAUUGGGGUCUGCAUACAGGCUUUCACUUCAUCACUGGAUGGAUUCAUGCAGUUUUAAAACUAUUAUUUGGUGAACAGGUUACUGGGGCAGGGUUCCCACAAAGGCAUAAGUGACCCUAACCCUGUGGCUUUGUGUGGGGGUGUGAUUGUGGCUUGAUCAAUUCUACUUCAAGGUCACAUUUUCAAGGUUUGCAAUGGUUUGGAGACAGAUAACAUUCAAAAUAAUUGAGAGCUAGUUUAGUUUAGUGGUGAAGGUAUCAGGCUCAGGGGAAUGGGGAUUGCAGUCCUUAGAGCUGAAAGGCAACUGGGUGACUCUGGGCCAGUCACUCUCAUUCAGUCCCAGCACGAAAAUCGUGCUCCCUUAACAGGGUUGUUGCUGUGAGGAAAAGAGGAAGAGGAAGGACUAUUAGGUAUGUUCGCUGCUCUGUUUAUAAAAAUAAAGGCAGGAUGAAAAAAAACCCCAGGUAAUUAUGAGAUAUCUAGAGUUGGUCUCGAUAGUGAGAUGAGUGGCAUAUAAAUUUAAUAAAAUGAAUAAAUAAAUAUGAGCCACAUCGUGUCCUCCUCCCAUCUUCAGCAAGGUCUUAAUUUUGUAAUGUUCCAUAGCAGAACUGCUUUGUUUUUGAUUCAUGACCAGAAGGAAUUCCUUGCUCAUUGAGAAGGGGAAAAAAAUCAAAACCUUACUAUUACCCACCCAGGGUCAAAUUUAAUUCCACAG